UUUCACUUUUCAGACAACACACAAACAGUUAAACCCUAAUUUCUUUCCCAAAUCAAAUUCAGGGUUGUGUGCUCACUGCUCAUCGCGUCUAAAGAACCCAUUUUUCAUUCCCAUUUUCAAUCGAGAGAUGGCCUUAAUUCAACCCCAAAACUCACAGCAUUUCAUAGGUGAAAACUACCAAAUUUCUCUGAACAAUUCGAUUCAAAACCUACUAGAUACAGUUCAAGAACCCCAUUUUAAAAUCUCUAUUUUCAUGUCAAAAUUUCAAGAAUUACUCAAAGUUAAGCACGACCCACCUCUUGAAACCAUAUGGUUUUACUCUGCUUUAGCUUUCAAGAAGCUCAAUAAUAAUAAAGAUGAAAUCUUGGAACAAUUUUCAGCUACUAAGUCUUUGUUUAAAACAAUUACUUCUUGCUCAGCUUCUUGUAGUUCUUUAAAAAGUGUAGCUUUAGUUGGGCCAGUUGUUUAUGAGUUGUGUAAGGUUGUAGAGAAUUUGAAAGGGAAUGAUCCGGGGUCGAAAAAAGAGAAGAAAGUGGUGAAAGAGAUUAAGUCAUUGGUUGAUGUUAUUCUUCGAUAUGUUAAUGUGUGUGUUUUUGAUAAUGUGGGCUGUGGGGAUGAAUUAAUUAGGCCAUUCGUGGAUUUAGUUAGUGUUUGGAUUGGGGAUACGGGGUCGGGAAUUGAUGAAAAGAAGAGGAGUUUGAGGGGUUUCUUUCCGCUUUUGAGUGAUGGGAUUGUUGAAGGGCUUAGUGGAAAAGUGUGUGAGGUUUGUGAACUGGCUGGAGCUGUGAUAGCGGAGAUGUUUUUGUUGAGAAUGUGUAUGGAAUUUCGUGAUGGGGUUUCGAGAAAGGUUUUGCAGGAGGAGCUGAGGGUUUGGGCUGUUGGUUCUGUCACUGGGUUUAAAAACAAGAUCUUCUUUGAGACCCUUGUGAAGAUGUUGCUGGAUCCUACCUUGCCUGUCACUUUACUAUUGAGUUCUGAAGAUGAGAUUAUUUUGAGAAAAGUGCUGUAUGAUGUUGUCAUAUUGCCUGAGUAUUCUUUUCUUAAACCUGAUAGAGUGGCUCAUCAACCUUCGAAGCAGAGUCUCGCCAUUGCCAGAUUGAUGGUAACCUAUGAAGCAACAGAGAUAUACAGGAAAGAGGGAGAUCACACCAAAGCCAUUUCUUAUAUAAAUGCCUUCUCAGCUUCUCAUCUCCCUGCUGAACUGAUUAAGUGGGUUAACAAUGAGAUUGGUACGGGGAACAAAUCCAGUGGACCAAAUGGAUACUCACCUAAAGCAGUCUUAAAGUGGAUAUAUAAUCUAGAGGAUCAGGGAAUAAAUAUAUUGGACAAUGACAUGUCACAAUAUCGAGCCAGGCUUGUGCUAGAUAGUUUGGAAACUGAUAAUGAGCUACCAGAUUUUAAUAGAAAGAAAGUGGAUACCGAUGUCUUAUUUUAUAUUGACAACAAGGGCGAUGAAGAAAUGAAUGAAGAAACUGAUGCCAAAAACAAACCUAUGAGUGAUGCAUUUGUGGCUGCUGCACACUCUUUGCAGUCAGUAGAAAGCACUGGGAAAAGAAAGCGUAAAGCAAGAGGAGUCGGUGAGAAAAAGCAUCUGAAGUUUCGUAAACAUAGCAUCAUUGAGCACUCUCUUUCAUCUGAAGAUAAAUUCGCCGCUUUAGGAGAAGACUACUCAAGCAGUGAGGGUUAAGUCGAGAAUCCAUUGUCUGAUAACAAUAGUGAAGAGUAGAGUAAUACACCAUGUUGUAAUCUUGUUCACUUUCCCGUAAUCUCAAAAGUAACAUAUCUGGAUAUCGACAAGGAUUAUUAUUUUUUUCUUAAAGGCGAUGCUAGCGGGUUUACAGACAAAUGGGGUUGAAACAA